GUGCGACGCUGGCAAGCUCGGCAGCAGAGAAGAGAAGCAGCGAGCGCGCUGGCGUGCAGCUGCGUGUUCUUCGCUCACGCACGACGACGUUCGGUGAUGUCGUCUGACGUCAGGUGCGCAUGAUAACGCCGGAUCCGGAUACGGGCGGGCGUAUGCGGAAGAUUUGCCUUUCGAUGGCCAAGGCUGUGAAGCCAGGCAGCGCGGAGGCGAGACCGCCGAAUGACGACGAGCGCGAGAUACCGAUAGCGCUCAACCUGCCGGGCUUGGCCAUGAGCUUUGGCUUUGACUGGGUCUUGGACACGUCGGAACUCUGCGCCGCGCGCGAGAAAGAGACCGAUCUGCUCGCACGAGUCCGCGCCUUGGAGGACGAGAACGCUGCGCUGCGCGACAAGUGUCAGCGCAUUAGCGAAGAGUCCAAUCUCGACAAGUUCAAGAGCCAACUGCUCGUGGAAAUGCUGGCCGUAAGCUCGCUUGACGAAGAGCGCACCAAGGCUGAGUUCGCCAAGGAGCAGUCCAAGGUCAUGCGGCUGCGCCUCGACAUGAAGCUCUUGCUCGAGAAGGCCGCCAAAGAGAACGUCGAUGUCCGCGACUUGCUACGAGCCCUCGCCGAGCCAUGACGCGUCCUGUCAAACUAGCAAGCACGUAAUGUAUCGUGCUAAGAAUACACGGCGCGCCAUGACAUGUUCGAUCCGCCUGACUGACCGUCCUGUCCAGGGACCAUGCACAUUCUUUGGUGCUCCUCGCGGGGUGGAGCUACAGUAUUGCCAGCAGCUCGGUACACCUACCACGACCGACCCAUGCCACCAGUCGACUGUCUGUACCAAAUGGCGUCGGGUGCAGCCUCUUGGAGGGAUAAGACUGACGCACACGUUGGGGUGGGCCGUUUUGGCGUUGAAAAUAGAAGCCCAU